AGAAUCGAUUUGAUUGUUUGAAAGGAAAAUCUUCAAGGUUUGUUUUUCUUACGAUUUCAAAGGAAUUUUCUCAAUUUUCCUCUCAAAAGAAAGAUUCUUAUCAGAUUGAUUUCAUUUUAGAAAAAAUAAGGCGAUGGAAAACGACGAAAUUCCGGACGUAAUGACGGCCUCCUAUAGUGAGAUUAUGAAUUCCAAUCCGGAAGGAGAUUUGGGGCAUGCAGCCCCCCGGGUACGUCCUAAUCGCUUCCCAUACAACCUGGAGGGUACAGUGAGCAUGGAGGGGGACAUGACACACUUCAUAGCCGAAGAUUUGGAGCACAAAAUAAAGCUCUCAAGCCCAAUUUCCAAGAGUAGGGAUGAUUCCAGGGACAGCACCCCAUCCACGAGUGGCUUUCAGCGUCCCGGAAGUUUCCUCAUGCCACAGGAUAUUGAUAGUAAUGUGCUGAAUGAUGUGGAAAUGGAAGCUCAGUAUUUGGCAGCAUCAGUGGACAAUCUCACGGAGAAUCUCUGCAAUCUUCUGCAUUCCAUCUCCUCAAUCACAGCGGACAAUGUGGAGGUGUACAAGAACUCCGUGAGCAAAUUAACAGAUUGCAUGGAUGCAAAUAUCAAGAAUAUGUACACAAUUAUGGCUAAAACGGAAGAGAUCUCCAAUGCCAUCAAACCCACGAAGCAGCUGAUGAACAGGAUACGUGAAAUCAAACGCUUGGUGGACAUGCUGGAGAAUACGCUGUGAAGUAGAGUCCCCCAAUCAGCACGUCUUCAGUGAUUUAAUUGUGAUUAUUUUAUCGAUCUCUGUGAGUUUUCUUUCUUUUCACUUUUUUUGCAUCUUUAUUUUGAUGAUUUUUCUUGAGCGCUGAAAAGGAAUAAAAGAGAAAAGUCUCUGAUUUAACGGCAUAGAGAUUUUUAUUUACAUUCUUUUAUACACAGCAUCUCAAUAACAUUUAAUAAACAUAUAGAAUUAUUAUAAAUUUUUAAAUAUCUCGAUCAAAAUGUCGAUUUCAAAAAGUUUUUUUUUUGCUUUGUUCCCUAAACCUGUUGCGCAAAAUUGUCUUUUAGUUGCUUUUUUUUUUUUAAUCUUUAUUACUUAUUUUCAUUUUCUAAUAUAUAAUCUAUAUAUUGGAAAAUGCGGCGUUUGCAACCUGCCGAUUGUUAAAACGCACAAAUAAAUUUUAUUUAAAAACGC